AUGGUCAAAGGCGACGUAAAGGACAAGCACGGCGAUAUUAUCCACGAGGGUGAUUAUGUCUUUACCCGCAUUCGCGGUGGUUCACACCAAGGGGAGGUCGAAAGGAUUGUCAUGGAUGAGCAGGAAGCUGAAGAAGAGGGUGUGAAGAACCCACCGAAGGUCGUAUUCCAUGAUCAGCGCGGCAAGAAAGUCGCUCAUAAUCCAGGAACCCUAGAGAAGAUGGAGCAUGAAUAG